AUGGGCUUCGAGGACAUCAAGUCUGAGUAUGGCAUCAGUGUCGUGCCCGUCACCGCCAGUUACCACCCGCAUCAACCCGCGCCCUGGAACGUCUAUCCCGUGUACUAUCCUGCGUCACCGGCCACGAUGUGAGCGGCGUCGUACGCUUCGUUCCUCAAACGGUGUCUGACGAGUCACGACCGCAACAAACCACCUCGCGCGCCUGCGGCACAUAUGAAUUCUGAUUAUUCACUUCGAUGUACACAAAAUUUACCACGCCUGUGUUCUUUUACACUACCGCUCGGUACCAUGGACGCAACAUGAAUUUGACCGUCCUCGGCGUUUUUCUUUUUGGGUUAGACCUCUGGGUAUGCGGCACCAGGGCUGAGGGUUCAUCUACCGGCGGCGAUCCGGCAGCAUGUAUGGAUUACGGACUUUUUUUCCCAUGGGGAUAUUUAUGGGCACACGGGCGACUCAGUACAGGACUGGGCCAAAUUGAUACCACCAAUGUUAUGGAGUUUACAUGGUACUGCCUCCCAUGCGGGGGGGUUCAGGGUUGGGACAUUUCGGUUUAUCUUGACGUUAUUUUUCACACACACAUGUUGCAUCGAGGCGUUGCACGGCACACAGGCUUCAGGUGUGGCAAUCCUGUUUUUGAUUAUCAUCAUGGCGGUUGCAUGGCUGGAUACAAGAAGUACCUUUUAUUGUUUGGAUAUAGAAGAACACCAUAUUAUUCAGUACGAUUGGCAAGGAGUGUACUUCAUUGAUGCGAACCCUGUCCGUUGAUGAACGUGGGCACUCCCU